AUGUCAACAUUUAAAGAAGCUUUUGAGUUGGAAAAAGUUGGGCCCAGCACCUUCAAAGGCAUUUACCCACUCAAAAAACCAAUUCCUGAAGCACGUGGAGCUUACGGAGGAAACAUUGCCGGUCAGGCCGUUCUUGUGGGCAUGAGAACUGUGCCAGAUGGUUUCUCGCCCAAUUCGUUCCACUCGUUAUUUGUCAAAGGCGUGCUGGAUCAGAUUCCUAUGGUAUGGGAAGUUGAAGAGAACUCAAACGGAAGAAACUUUUGCAGCAGGACUAUUCGGGGUAUUCAGGACGGAAAAGUAAGGUACAUCGUGGAAAUUUCCUUCACCAAGAACAAUUCGCUCAAGCAGGCAGAAAUCAACCAUCAAAAUUACUUGAACAAGAAGGUGCAGCAGGCUGCUGAACGCAGCGGGAAGGAAGUUGAUGACGAAGAUGACGAUGAAUUGGACGAUUUGGUUCAGAAACCUUUCUACUUCCUGACACCAUACCCUGAAUGGCUCAAAGAGGCUACUGAGGAUGAUCUCAUCAGGAAGGAAGAUACACCCUUAUUUCUUGAUCAUAAAUUUCCACGUCAGUUCGUCUCCCUCAAAGGCACUGAAUACGAGGAGGAGAUUGCACCCUCAGAAAGAAGAAUGUCAUAUUUUGGACGAAUCGGUGAUGGAACAACAAAGCUAGAGUCUCCGGACUUACAAUAUGUGGCUGUGGCCGUUAUUAGCGAUGCUGUUUUUUUGGCUGAACUUGCUAGAGUGUUUCGUGUGCGCAAAGAGAAUCUCAAGCCAUAUUUUUCCGUCUCUUUGGAUCAUCACAUGUACUUUCACGAUACUGAUUUUGACUGUACAGACUGGAUUGGAUUUGCAUUUCGGGCGGUACGUUUUGUCAAUAACAGAGUGCUUUUAGAGGCAGAAAUGUAUAAUUCCGAUGGCCAACACUUUGCCACAAUUUUCCAGGAGGGUCUUGUCCACUUGAAUGGGUUGUUGGAUAGUAAACUUUGA